CGUUCCCACUGGGAACCGAAACCAGCGCAAAACAGGAAACAAAAAAGAAAUAUUUAAGCUGUCCGUGUCAGAGACUGCUAAGGAAACAGGCAGGCCAGCUUGGUUAAUCAUUACUGAGACAGAAGUUACGGACGUUCACCGCUGAUCAUAUGACAGGAUCCCAUCCGAGAUAAGGAAACACUCAUCCCAAGCAGCGAGAGCUGAGAAGCCUUCCCUGCCUGGAUGUUCUGACUUCGUUGUUUCGCUGUGGGAGAAGAGGGUCCGCGCUCCCCCGUUGUUCCCGGAGAUCAGCCCAGGCUGGCUGUUGUGUUGCUUUCCUGUUCCAGAGAGGAAGUGAGAAAUUCCCUCCACAUGUGCUCGGGCACUUGGAUACUCAGGUUUCACUCCGGGUCCGGGAGCUGCCUGUAAUGAGCUCUCAGUGGGGCUCAGAGAGGAGCUUCCAGCUGUGCCAGCAGUCGUUUCAUUUUGUGCCAGAGGAGGAGGGGGAGAAGAAAUCCUGCAAAAAGCUAAAAUGUUGAUGGAGCAAAAAUUGGUCUAAGGGUAUCGCAACUGGGAAAAGCGAAAGAACAGCAGAAGCAGAGGAAGGCACAGGGACACAGGAUGGGAAACUUUUGUCAGAAGCACUGUGCCUGUUUGGAGCCCUACAUCCCUUGCUUAUUCUCAGGGAGAGACAGUGAGCAGGAUGAGAAAGGCGGCCAAGUCUUCACCAACCUUGCUGUGGUAAGGCAUGACAUCCAAGCAGGACAGAAAGACAGUGACAGUAAGAUAAAAGAGAAACCUUUACCUCCACUGCCUGGCCAGCAUCUGGUGAAUAUUUGCAGAUUUGUGGCGCUCUUUAACUAUGAGGCUCGCACUGAAGAGGACUUGAGCUUCCAAGCCGGGGAUAAGCUUGAAGUGUUGGAUGCAUCCCAUGAGGGCUGGUGGUACGCUAGGCUUCUCCUGCCAACAGGGUCAGUCUGUCCUGGCCGCAAGCUCCAGGGCUACAUCCCUGCCAACUACAUAGCUGCUGACCAGAGCAUCGAAGCUGAGCCGUGGUUUUUUGGCCCAACCAAACGAGCAGAUGCCGAGAGACAACUGUCAUACCCUGGAAACCAGGCAGGAGCCUUCCUAAUCCGAGAAAGUGAAAGUCAAAAAGGCGAAUACUCUCUUUCAGUUUUUGAUGGUGAAUCUGUGAAGCACUACAGGAUCAGAAAGCUGGAUGAAGGAGGCUUUUUCCUAACCAGAAGGAAAACUUUUAAAACUCUGAAUGAGUUUGUUGACUAUUACAGUAAAAACAGUGAUGGCCUCUGUGUGGUGCUUGGAAAGCCAUGCCUAAAGGUACAAAUUCCUACUACUUUUGAUUUAUCAUAUAAAACUGUCGAUCAGUGGGAGAUAGACCGACGAUCUCUGAAAUUGUUGAAAAAAUUAGGAUCUGGUCAGUUUGGUGAGGUAUGGGAAGGACUGUGGAAUAAUACCACCCCCGUGGCAAUCAAAACAUUAAAACCAGGUUCAAUGGAUCCAAAGGACUUUCUGAGGGAAGCACAAAUAAUGAAGAAUUUGAGACAUCCAAAGCUUAUACAGCUUUAUGCUGUUUGUACUUUGGAGGACCCAGUUUAUAUUAUUACUGAGCUGAUGAGAUAUGGAAGUCUUCUAGAAUACCUUCAAAAAGAUGCAGGCUCCCAAAUCUCCCUGCCACAUCAAGUAGACAUGGCUGCUCAGGUGGCUUCCGGGAUGGCUUACCUUGAAUCUCAGAACUAUAUCCAUCGGGAUCUGGCAGCCAGGAAUGUUCUUGUUGGUGAACACAGUGUUUACAAAGUAGCAGACUUUGGACUUGCAAGAGUUUUUAAGGUAGAAAAUGAAAACGUAUAUGAGGCUAGGCCUGAAACUAAACUCCCAGUGAAAUGGACAGCCCCGGAGGCAAUCCGCUACAACAAAUUCAGUGUUAAGUCAGAUGUCUGGUCGUUUGGAAUACUUCUGUUUGAAAUAAUCACCUACGGGAAGAUGCCUUACGCUGGUAUGCCAGGACACCAGGUGAUCCAGAUGCUGGACAAGGGGUACAGACUUCCCCAGCCGGAGACCUGCCCAACGCCGCUCUACGAGCUGAUGCUGCAGUGCUGGAGCGCGGAGGCGGGCGGGCGGCCCACCUUUGAGGUGCUCUGCGGGCAGCUGGAGUGCUACUUCGAGACCAGCUCCUCUUCCUACGCCCUUGCUCAGGCCGUGGUGAAAUGAACCCCCAGGAGGGGGCUGAGGGACAGAUGCCAGCGGACACGGGUGAAAGGGGUGUGUGAAAUCAGUCUAACCUCAGACGUGGAGGUUAUUAGGGGGUGCUGAGAAAUUGUGGUACAUUUUCAUCACCGCACUGAUACACAAAGACACUUAAAAUUUUUGCUGCUGGCAAGUGUUUUGCAGGACUGAGCAUCAGGAAGCUGGAGGGGUGGGGGCUUAUAAAAAAUAAAAUGUCUUCUAUUUAUUUUUUAAAUAACAGAUCACAAGAAUGAACAAACGAAGUAAGUGUUAUUCAAUAACCCUUGUAGAGUUUUGUAAUUUCUUUCUUUAUUGGAAUAAUUAUUUGCUAUUGUUUAGAUUUUUGAUUCCUACCAGGUUGUUCACGUGAAGGAAUGUGAUGGCUCUGCACAGCAGGAUCUGUGCUUCUAGAGAGCCACACUGCCCAGGUCACAGAAGGCAGGGACUGGGAGAAUGCAGAACCGCCCACUGCAGGAGAAGAUCAGGUUCGAGAAUAUCUAAGGAACCUGAAGGUGCACAAGUCCAUGGGACCUGAUGAGAUGCAUCCGCAGGUCUUGAGGGAACUGGCGGAUGAAGCGGCCAGGCCACUCUCCAUCAUAUUUGAGAAGUCCUGGCAGUCUGGCAAAGUUCCUACCGACUGGAAAAGGGGAAACAUAACCCCCAUUUUUAAGAAAGGAAAAAAGGAAGACCCAGGGAACUACAGACCAGUCAGUCUCACCUCUGUGCCUGGCAAGAUUAUGGAGCAGAUCCUCCUGGAGACUAUGCUCAGGCACAUGGAAGAUAACAAGGUGAUUGGUGACAGCCAACAUGGCUUCACUAAGGGCAAAUCAUGCCUGACAAACUUGGUGGCCUUCUAUGAUGGGGUUACAGCGUCGGUGGAUAAGGGAAGGGCAACUGACAUCAUCUACCUGGACUUGUGCAAGGCAUUUGACACUGUCCUGCACGACAUCCUUGUCUCUAAAUUGGAGAGACAUGGGUACAAUGGAUGGACCACUCGCUGGAUAAGGAAUUGGCUGAAUGAUCGCACUUACAGAGUUGUGGUCAACAGCUCAAUGUCCAAGUGGAGAACAGUGACGAGUGGCAUUCCUCAGGGGUCAGUACUGGGACCGGCACUGUUUAACAUCUAUGUCGGCGACAUGGACAAUGGGAUUGAGUGCACCCUCAGCAAAUUUGCUGACAACACCAAGCCGUGUGGUGUGGUCGACACGCUGGAGGGAAGGGAUGCCAUCCAGAGGGACCUUGACAGGCUGGAGAGGUGGGCCCGUGCGAACUGCAUGAGGUUCAACAAGGCCAAGUGCAAGGUCCUGCACAUGGGUCGGUGCAAUCCCAAGCACAACUACAGGCUGGGCGAGGAAUGGAUUGAAAGCAGCCCUAAGGAGAAGGACUUGGGGGUGUUGAUUGAUGAGAAGCUCAACAUGAGCCAGCAGUGUGCGCUUGCAGCCCAGAAAGCCAACCAUGUCCUGGGCUGCAUCAAAAGAGGCGUGACCAGCAGGUCGAGGGAGGUGAUCCUGCCCCUCUACUCUGCUCUUGUGAGACCCCACCUGGAGUACUGCGUCCAGCUCUGGGGGCCCCAGUACAGGAGAGACAUGGAGCUGUUGGAGAGAGUCCAGAGGAGGGCCACAAAGCUGAUCAGAGGGCUGGAGCACCUCCCCUAUGAGGACAGGCUGAGAGAGUUGGGGUUGUUCAGCCUGGAGAAAAGAAGGCUCCAGGGAGAUCUGAUUGCGGCCUUCCAGUACCUGAAGGGGCCUACAGGAAAGCUGGAGAGGGACUGUUUAUCAGGGAGUGGAGUGACAGGACAAGGGGUAAUGGGUUUAAGCUGAAGGAGGGUCGAUUUAGAUUAGAUGUUAGAAAGAAAUUCUUCACUGUGAGGGUGGUGAGGCACUGGAACAGGUUGCCCAGAGAGGUUGUGGAUGCCCCAUCCCUGGAAGUGUUCAAGGCCAGGUUGGAUGGGGCUUUGGGCAACGUGGUCUAGUGGAGGGUGUCCCUGCCCAUGGCAGGGGGGUUGGAACUAGAUGAUCUUUGAGGUCCCUUCCAACCCAGACCAUUCUAUGAUUCUAUGAUUCUAUGAUUCUAUGAGUUCUCUCAUAGUAAAAAAAAUACAAGUAAUCCCAUGACUGUGGUGAUGGCAGAAUCACGAUUAAUUGAUUAGACUUGAAGUACAUGUGCUUUUGCUAUAUCAGAAAAUAAAACCGAUGUUCAUGGGAGAAAAGGAAUUAUUUUGUUUUGUGAUUGCAAAAAGUGAUCUUUCUAGUUUGUCUACUGUUCCUCUUUUAUAAGAAUAAACACAAUUAUUAU